CUGUCGCUGUAGUAAAAUGAUCUAUCUAAAGUUAUUAGUGCUGUGUUGCGUAAUCUUGUCGAUCGACGGGAUCUUCCUCUCGAACCUUAAUUCCUCGUGUUUUCGAUGCAUUUGCGAAGCUUCAACCGGUUGUAGCAACCGAUUGCAGUGCGGUCAGGGGUAUUGUGGGCCCUUUUCCAUUUCGCGUGCCUAUUGGAUUGAUGCUGGCAAGGUAGUUAAGGCACAGGAUGAUCCGAACCGUUGGGGUGCCUACGAAGAUUGUGCUAACCAGUAUGAUUGUGCCACACACAUCAUGACGCAGUACAUGGAAAAGUACGGUAAGGAUUGCAACAAUGACGGUCUGGUGGACUGUGUUGAUUACGCAAUGCUGCACAUCAAUGGUGGCCCAACUUGUCAUUUACCGCUGAAUUCGGACUUUGGAAGAAAGUUCGGAAGCUGUUUACAAAAAAAUCGCCGUCCGCAGGGUCGUAGAGGGUUGGACAAUAAAUGAAAAAGCAACAGUUUUACAUUAUCAA